AUGCGGAAACGACCAAAGUCUGAGGCCAAAACAUCUAUAUCACACCCAAGUAUGUCUGGGUCAGAAAAAUCUUCAAUAACAGCAGAGUCUCAGUUCCAUUUGGACCUGUGGUUCUGUUUUACUGUGCAGAAUUGGAUCCUGGACUUUGGCAGACCUAUUGUGAUGAUUAUCCUGCCUUUGGAGUGGUUCCCUUUGAACAAACCUAGCGCAGGGGAUUAUUUUCACAUGGCAUACAAUAUCAUAACACCAUUUCUUCUGCUCAAGCUAAUUGAACGCAGCCCCACAGCCCUGCCUCGUGCGGCCGUGUAUAUCAGCAUUAUCACGUUUGUCAUGGGGGCCAGCAUACACCUGGUGGGUGACUCCAUAAAUCAUCGUCUCAUCCUGAGUGGAUACCAGCUUCACCUGUCAGUCAGAGAAAACCCCAUUAUCAAAGACCUAAAGCCUGCUUCACUGAUUGAUUCCUUUGAACUUCUUUACUAUUACGAUGAACAUCUGGGUCACUCCAUGUGGUAUAUUCCAUUCUUCCUCAUCACCUUCCUGUACUUCACUGGCUGCUUCACACAAGCUAAGGAGAAGAUGCCUCUUUCUGGGUGGUUGCUGCUAGGACCCAGUGCUGUCUAUUACUGGUAUCUGGUCACAGAAGGUCAGAUCUUCGUCCUGUAUGUCUUCACGUUCUUUGCGAUGGCUGCCACAGUCAUGAGGCAGAGGAGAAUGGGCUUUACCCUGGACAGCAACGGCCAGUUCCUGCUCUACAGUUUUGCCAUCACCUUGGGACUGAUAGUGCUAUGGGUGGCCUACUUAUGGAAUGAUAAAGUACUGCGUAAGAAGUACCCUGGCAUCAUCUAUGUUCCAGAACCAUGGUCAUACUACACAUUACACAUUAAAGGCAGUACAUAGACCGUUAACAGGUAAGCACUGAGCCUAGAAGUCAGGUUUACAGUGCAUAUGUGGAUGUUAAAAUAACAUCAUGCAAUGAAUUCCACAGUGAAAGAUUACAUGGUCCUCUAGUGUUCAGUUUCCUAGGUAUUUGUUCUGACUGCAGAGUACUGUCUAAUAAAUGAAUUAGGUGCACUGUCCCAACAAGUGAGCUAAUGAGUUCCAGUGGGUAGUGCAGAUCAUGUUCAGAACAGAUAUUUUAAAGGUGUAAAGUCUUUGAAGGUGGAGUUGUCAGCUGAAUCCUUAAAGUCCUAAUUCUGUCCGUGAAGUACUUAAUAAACCAGAUU